AUGACGGUUGGCCGUCGCGUCGUAGUAACAGGCCUCGGACUCAUCACGCCCCUAGGCACGACCGUCAUAUCCACCUGGUCCCGCCUCCUACAAUCUCACUGCGGCAUCGUCAGCACCCGUCCACUAGGCCCCGCCUUCGCCGCUCUCCCGUCCCAGGUCGCCGGGCUCGUCCCCAAAGGACCAUCCGCGGACAACGCCUGGACGGGCUCCGAGCACUGCACUCCCACAGAGCUCCGCCAAACCGCCAAGUUCGCACAGUAUGGCCUCGCCGCAGCGGCUGAAGCACUGGCAGACGCUGGCUACGGCAAGCAAGGAGAGGGUCUGCCAAAGGACGACACGGGCGUCGCGUUGGGCAGCGGGAUCGGGAAUUUAGAGGAGCUUCACGACACGAGCGUUGCGUACCAGGAUGGCGCUUUCGGUGGCGAGACCGAGGACUACACUCGCGGCUACCGACGUAUUCAUCCGCUGUUCGUGCCGCGGAUGUUAAUUAAUCUGGGUGCUGGGCAUAUCAGUAUGCGGUACGGACUCCGAGGGCCGAAUCAUGCGGUCACGACGGCGUGCACGACUGGGGCGCAUAGCCUGGGGGAUGCGGCGAGAUUCAUACAGAUGGGAGACGCGGAGGUGAUGCUUGCGGGUGGAGCAGAGAGCUGUAUCCAUCCGCUGGCGAUGGGUGGGUUUGCGAGGAGUCGGAGUCUGGCGACAGCGUGGAAUGAGAUGCCGGAAGAGAGUAGUCGGCCGUUUGAUGAGAAGAGGGCUGGAUUUGUAAUUGGAGAGGGGGCCGGCGUCGUUGUGCUGGAGGAACUGGAGCAUGCAAAGAAGCGAGGAGCAAAAAUAUACGCUGAGCUAUCAGGUUAUGGAUGUUCCGCGGACGCAUACCACCUGACUGCUCCACGAGAGGAUGGCUCGGGUGCGCUGAUGGCUAUGAAGAAGGCACUGCAGCAAGCUGAGAUCAAGCCCGAAAAAGUCGACUACAUCAAUGCUCAUGCUACGAGCACCCCACUUGGAGAUGCAGCUGAAAACAAUGCUAUUAAGGCUCUGUUAUUGGGGGAAGACGGCCACAAGCGAGCGUCUGAUAUUAAUGUGAGUAGCACAAAGGGUGCUCUCGGACACCUCCUGGGUGCUGCUGGCGCAGUCGAGGCAAUAUUUGCCAUCCUAGCCAUUCAUGAGAAUACCCUGCCUCCAACAAUCAAUGUAGAGAGUCUGGGUCCUGGUUUCGACUGUAAUUAUGUGGCCAACCAGUCGCAACAGCGCCAGGUUUCUGUUGCUCUAACCAACAGCUUUGGCUUUGGCGGAACCAAUGCGUCUCUCUGUUUCCAACGAUAUCCUGGGACUUGA